AUGUUGUUGAAAGUGGUAAGGAGUUUGGAGCGGGAACCAAAACCACUUGUCCUCUUGUGUUUCCUGGUCUCAUCAUGGGAUUACUCAUUGCUUCAUGUGUGCGAAUUCCAAAUAUGGUACACUUUAAGAUCAAAACCAUGGUUAAUGACAUAUAUGUGGAUAUAUAUUGCUUGGAAGAAGAAAAAAAGAAGAGGGAAAACACAACAACUAGAGCAAACGGGGCAGAGUUCAUCUGACACUCUGAACUACAAUGAUUGGGAUCUGAGACUCUGCCAAGAUUUUACUUAUACUUGGUAUCAAAAUGAUUCAAACCAUAGAGUUGUUGUUUCUUUACGUGAUUCUAUUUACAGGUUACAAAUCUAG